UCAGAAUUCAGAACUGUUGCGACCUCCAGCGUUUUGAAGGCACAAAGAUGGCGGGCAGGGCGUACGUGCAGUUAUCGGCAGUACUCACGUUUCUAGCCUCCUUUCUCGUCCUUUUUGUAGAUAUUGAAGCGGCAGUAACAGUGAGUGUAGGACCUGAGCAGACAGUCCUGAAGGGAAACACAGUAGUGUUACAAUGUACUUACAGCGUGACCCCAGCAGCACAAGUAGAUAUCAUCACAUGGAGCUUCACCUCCAGCUCAGAAAGCAGGGAGGUGGUCACCAUGUUGGCCAAUACGCAGAGCGUGUUUGGGACAUAUGAAGGGCGUGCGUCAAUCACGGAGCAGGCCUCGCUGAGAAUCGAGAACGUGGGAGAAAGUGACGAGGGCACGUAUAGAUGUACAGUCAAGGUGCUGAGUCAAGGUUCGGCGGAUACAAAACCUUUGGACUUGACAGUUUUAGUUGCAGCAAGUGCCCCCACCAUCGUCUCCACAGUAAACAGUGCAGCUAGAGCAGGGGAUGACCUGACGUUGACCUGCCGGUCAGAUGGCGGGAAGCCCCUCCCCACCCUCACCUGGUUCAACGGGUCGCAGCCCAUGGAAACGGGCGUCGGAGAACCCACCACAAACGAAGCGGCGCGCCAGGUCAUCCGGGAGUUGUCGCUGUCUCCAGUCACGAGAUUCGACGACCAGACCAAUUUUGUGUGCAAAGCAGACCAAGGAUACGCAGACCAACUCGACGUGCAGACGGCAGAGCAAGUGUUAGACGUUCAAUAUCCGCCAGUUGCAUCCAUAAGCUCCAAUCCCAACAGCUCUGUCAAGGAGACCAACACCCUGACCUUGACCUGUGUGGUCCAGAGUAACCCUGACCCCAGCCAGAUCAGGUGGUUAAAGGUCAGCGGAGAUUCCGCCGACGUCCUGCAGACGGGACUCACCACCACCUACGUCAUACCGAAGAUUACCAGGUCGCAGAACGGAACGUAUCGUUGUGAAGCGAGCAACGGGGUCAUACCCAGGGACAGAGAGUCAGAUGGCCAAGCCACUGUCAACAUUGAUGUGUACUAUGCUCCAAAGAUCAGCUCCAGCUUUGUUCAACCCUUCCGCGUGGACUUCGGUUCAAGCCUGCCAGCUGUAACCUGCGAAGCGGAGGGCAAUCCCAUGCCCAGCCUCCAGUGGGUACAGGUGGGGACGGGGAGAACGUUCAACAAUCCGCUGUCGUUCGCCACCAUGACGUACGGCGAGGAGGGAACGUUCACUUGCGUGGCAGCGGCUCUCGAUUUUCCCAAGGACACUGUCAAUGUCACAAUUGAUGUCAAAGGACGACCGGAUAUUAUCGGAGACAGACCAUCGGCGCAAGAGUUCAUGGAAGGGAAAACUGCACAGGUUGUUUGCGAGAUUCAGGCCGACCCAAGGCCCAGCAGGGUCGAAUGGUUCCUCCUGGAAUCCUCUGACAACAGAGCCAUUAUUACUACUGGAGGUCCCUAUAGGAUUUUACAAGAGAACCUACCGAACGGCAUGAAAAGUGUUCUAAAGAUUAACAGUAUGAAACCGGAACAUUCGGGACGGUAUGUCUGCAAAGCCACAAACAUGUAUGGGGAGGAUGAACAGUACUUUGACGUGACACUACAAGCCGAAGAUGUGGUCACCACGGCCAGAGGUCUGUACACGGACAAUGGAUCAGACACCACUUUGGUCAUUAUUAUAGUGGUGGUUGUGUUGUUAUUACUUCUACUACUCGUGGGUAUUGGCCUGAUGCUGGCUCACAAGAGAGGAAUAUUACCCUGCAAAGGCGAACCAGAAACUGGGAAGGGUGGAAGGUAUGUUUCUUAUAGGGAUGAGAAUGUCACCAACGAGUUCUCCAUCGAGAUGGCCGACAAGGACAAGUCCCCCACGGCGCCCCUCCCCUCCAGAGUAGAAAGCAGUCAGUAUAUCCCCACGCCUCUCGUCGCGGCCAGCUACGAAGCACGGCUAAGCGGCGCAAGCUUUGGCGAACCCAGAUCCCCGGUUGGCCAGGACAAACCUGACGGAAAGAAGGUCAAUACCCCCAUGGAACCCACCACAGAGGAACCACCAGUUCAGGGUGGGUAUAGGGAGGAGGACGGACUGAAUAACGCGGAGCUGGACUUGUCGUCACGGAAACCCGCCUCCCGGAGGCCCAUCGUGGACCCUAAGGACACCAUGGACAUGGACUACCCCACCCUCAGACAACAAACCACCUCCCCUUAUGUUUGAUAGCUUCCCUGUACAGUCAUGUUCAGUCUUACCAUCCCAGAAAUGAACCUACUUUCAUCAUCUAGUAUUCAACAGCAAAUGUUUCUUUGCUAACGGAGCUGGUCACAAAAUUUAUAACAACCCCAAGUACAUGUAUUUAUAGUCCUUUUCUUGCCAACAUAUUUUUAAACUUUAUUUUUGCAUUUAUGUAUUUUAUAGGGUCACAUCUGUUUAUAGCAGGUAUAGACCAUGACAUCUCAUGUUUUCUUGCCAUUGUUUUUAUGAAUGAUUUUUAGUUUUGUGAUUGAAGCCAUGUUGUUUUUACCUGUACAUAGUAAUUUUUGUUAAUUGCAGUCUUUUUACUAAUAUCCAAUGUCUUUCUGUGUCAUAAGCUUAUACCAAAUGUGAAAAAAUCUGUUGAGAUUGACAAUGCCCAAAUAUCCUGGCAUAAGGAACUGAUAACAAAAAUGCAAAAGACCAUGCUACAUAGCAUUCACAGAUACAAGUAUUCCUGUCCUUUGUGAGAGUCAGAAGAAUUCUUGAGUUGUGUUAAAAUUGAAGAGUCACAUUGAAGUUGUGUUUAACUGCUUCAACUUGCAGUGUUUUAUUGUUUUUCACUGACAGUAUCUCAUACAGCAAUUCAUUGAGCUACUUAUCACAGUCCCAUUUGAAAAGUACUUAAUAUAAGAGAAAAGAGAAGAAAGUCAAGUUUUGAUGUUAUGUCUUUGAAGGUGUGAACCUACUCAGUACUGAGGACUACCAAUGAAUAAUAUUGAGUAAUUUACGAUGUACAUGUACAUGGCUCAUGUAGGCUACAAAGGAUAGGGCUGCUUGUCUUUUACACCAUGACCACCAGUAGCACCUUGUGCACAUUGGAAUGGAAUACAAACUACACACAAAUGGUCUCAAGCUUUAUUUUCAAAAGGAUAUUUUUGCAGUUGUCAAUCUCAGCUUGUACAAGAACUCAGUGGAGUUUCUUUUUGUUUGUAUCAGAGCUGGUCUCUGCAAUAUGUCACACAAAAAACAUGUAAGUCGAAACAAUGGUUGUGGAAAUUUUGGUGCAACGUCUUCAAGUGUAGCAGCACUCCAGUUGGUUAACUAAAUUAGAUACAGGCAAGUCCAGCCAACAUUGAAAAUCUCUACAAAUAUGAAAAAUGUAAAAAAAAAAAAGAAAUCAUGUUACUCCAGCAUGGUAAAUGUCAUAAGAUUGCACCUUACUGGUUGAAAGGCGUAUGCUGUGACGUGUACUGGCUGCUGUGUUUGUUGACGAGUUGCGCUGCUUAUGCCAUUUGUCAUGACAGUUUCUUUCAGAAUAUUUGUUGUAUAUCGUCAUUUUGUAUCGGUAGCAGUUAAGCAUUGGUGGAGCAAAAAUUGUCUGAUUGUGAUCAUGAUCUGCAGCUACAACUGAAUGAGAUUGAGCCCUGUGAAUGACACUGUACAGGAAUUACUUAACGCAAUGUGUGAAAUUUGCAUGUGUACUUUGUGCGUGCCGCAGGCAUUGUCAGAAGAGAGCAUAGGGCUAGAAUCUUGUGGCGUGUGUGCCUAGAGAUGUGCAUUGUACAGGACGACUGUGUAUCGAUUGCAUGCAUUUGUAAGCAGGCAUUUGAAAUUGAAAUACAUGUAAGCACCAUGCAGGUGGUAGGCGCAGUUGCCCUGUAUUUGCCGAGGUUUCAUAAAUUUUUGAUGCUAAGGGUAUCAUUAUGUUGUAAAUUAGAUAGUCUUCCUGCUAAGCUUCAUUGGACUUUACAUAGAUUAGCCGAUCCAAGUGUCACGGUCUAAUGACAGUUUGAUGUAUGAAGCAGCCUACGCCACCCUUGGGCAAACUGCGCUUCAAUUUUCAGAUGUUUUGGGGGAAGGGGGGAAUGCAUAAAUAGUGCCUGUAGAUAUAUUUUUUAAAGAAGAUGCUUCUCUGUAAUGGUCUAACAUUGGUUCCAGUGUAUUCUGAAUAACGUGUAUCAAAUGCUGCAUGCCUAUGUAAUUGUUAACAAAUUGUAUAGAAAUCAUAAUGUAGAGUACUUCUAAUUGGUUAUUCUAUUGUAUUCUCAUUUUGCUAAUCUCGAGGAUUGUAUGCAACAGUCAAAUCUUCUUAUUUCUCUUGAGUUAUUCCUAGGAGCUGAUGUGAUGCUAUUCUUAAGGUCUGUAGAGAACUGUUUGCUUUUAUUGGCAUUACUUACAGCAACACUUGGGUUAUAGAGCAGGGUUAUUUGUUGCAUGCAUAUCUAGACAGGCAUCAGCACUGUGAUCUAUCAAUUACCACAGUGUCACACAAUCUCUUUGCUUGUGCCAAAGAUCGAUGCACAGAUUUCGUACAGCAAGCAAUUUUAGGUUUUGGUAAGAAAGCAUGUACAGACAUUGUUGCCUUUGAAAUGUGAUAAUUCUACAGUGAUUGUCUCCCACAAAAAAUUCUGCACACGCGAGCACCUGGCCCAUUGAGUGAUACAGUCUGCAGUGGUCAGCCGCAGUCAUAUCUCCAGUCAUCAGGGCACGCCAUCCUGCAAGCCAAGAAAAUGGGCCUUUUAAGAUGUCUCCUGCUGAUAGAAGAGGCUGCCGGCACAUGUAGGAUGGACCUUAGUUAAACCAGAUGAAAUGGUUGUGUUUUUAUGUGUUGAUUGGGUUUGUCUUAUCUACACAUAGGACACAAGGACAUAUAUUGUAUUUUUGUGUGCAAAUCUCUUGUCAAUUUCAAGGUACUGUUUGUAAGAUUGAUGACCAAUGGUUUCAUAGCAUUUGUUUUUUUAAAAUUCUGGAAUUCGUCCAAGAUGUUUGAAAGAAAUUACAUUAUAUUUGCAAUUACAAUGAUAUGAGGAACAAUGCUUGAGAUGAUUAAGACAUACAUGUAAGCUGAUUGUCUGAAAUAUUGUGCCUCUACAUACAUGUAGUACUGUAAGCAUUAGUUACCUUCAAAUAUCAGGCAUUGAAUUUUGCUGGUGCCCAUGUAAU